GAGAGAGAGAGAGAGAGAGAGAGAGAGAGAGAGAGAGAGAGAGAGAGAGAGAGCUCUGACGCCACGAGAGCAUGGAUGCGGGCGCUUUCCUGGCUCCGCUGAUCCCGCCCUGGUCCCCGUCGACGGCCGCGCCCUCCGCCCACCUGCACGACCUCCUCGGCUCGGCCAACGCCUCCCUCAGAGCCGCCCUCAAGCCCUCGAGCGCCCUGGAGCCGCCCGCGCCCACCAUGGCCGCCCCGACGACCUCGUGGGCGCUCUCCGACGACGCCCUCGUCAACUUCACCCUCGACGCGGCGGCGGCCAACCUCACCCUCAACGGCUCGCGCUCCGACGAGGACGACCUCGACGUCCAGGAGUUCAUCUUCAACAACCUGGGGCCGCAGAGACUGCCGUACCGCACGAGCCUGACGGUGGUCUACGUGCUCAUCGCCGUCGCCGGUCUGGUGGGGAACGUCCUGACCUGCCUGGUGGUGCUGAGGAACCUCUCCAUGAGGACGUCGACGAACUACUACUUGGUGAAUCUCGCCGUCGCUGAUAUCAUUACGCUGCUUUUCGGUCAACCAGCUGACCCUCCCCUCUGGCACCGUCCUCAAGGAGAGUGCCUGGUGCGCCGUGCCCUUCCACGACGUCUCCUGCAACUGGGCGUGGCUGAUGUGGGCGUCGAGUGUCGGGGCUUUCAUCCUACCCAUGGGCGUCCUGGUCACACUCUACUGCAAGAUAGGAAUAGUCCUCUCCAUCGACCCGCCUUCUCGAACUCCGUCAGCUGGCAAUGGGGCGAUGCACACACGCAGGCUGGGUAUUCGCAUGUUGGUAGCCGUCGUGGUGGUCUUCUUCCUGUGUUGGGCGCCGUUCCACGCCCAGAGGCUCAUGUUCGUCAUCGUCACCAGCUACGGGGAGUGGACGCCCCACCUCAGGACUGUCAACGCGAAUCUCUACUACUUCACAGGCCUCUGCUACUACCUGAACUCCGCCGUGAACCCCGUCCUCUACUCCAUCAUGUCAGUUCGCUUCCGCAUAGCCUUCCGCCGCUCUCUCUGCGGGGGCAAGGAGUGGGCGCGGCGGCAGCUCUACAUCUCCAACACCUACGGUCCCCAGGUCGCCUCCAACCACUCCAACUUCCUCAACCGCACGAGGGAGGUCUCCACCGCCUCCACCAAGUUCGUGACUCGCGCCGAGCCCAAGCGGCAGCCCGAGCCGCCCAACCGCAACGGCUUCACGUACGCCUACGAGCCGAUGGACCUCGAAGGCUGAGUCGCCACAGAU